AUGGCGUUAGCGAUCCUCCCAGCGAUCAUCGUCAGUUUUGUAGUCCUUGUAGGAUUACUCGGCACAUACUACAUCUGCCAAGCAUACAGGCGCGUGCGCUUCGCAGUGCCGGAUGUGGAGCGCACCCGCGACAUCGAAAACGUCGAGCAUUUCAAACAGCAAAUCAUCCAGCUACGCGACGUCGAACUUCCGCAUCAACAAUACCAUAGUGUCGGGAAACCGCUGCCACAUAUUCCGGAGAUUGAGUAUACGGGCGGUGAGGGACUUGUAAGUCCACCUGAACGGGUCUUCCUCUCUAUCGAAGAGGUCAAAGAAAGCAGCAAGGGAACAGCUGGGGAGAUUAGUAAUUUCCAAAAACUGGACUUACACGCAGGAAGACCUUGGAAUUCUGUAACGGAUGGCUACGGAAACUCGCUGGUAGAACAGCCUGAGCUACUCUCCCCGAAGCCUGUGCGAAAAGUAACGAGAAAACUGAAGGCAGUACCUGCGAAUACCGCAUACGAUCCUGCGCAAACAGUAGCGGCGGACAUAUGGGAGAAAAUCCAUAAAGGCGAGCUACAGCCCUCACGACGCAAGCCAGAAAAGAAGCUGCCAAAGUCAUCAAACGCACCGAUACCGGAAGUACUUCGAGAUUCUGCAGAGUUCGAAAACGAUGCUUUACAAGAUAUUGACCUUGGUAGCAGCACCAAAGAAUGGGCAAAGGUCAGUGUUUCGUCUGCUUAUGUCACAAAACGCCCAAUCAAGAGGGGGUCGUUCGAUAGUGUGACUACGGUCGUCGAUGCUAACAACGUGAGUAUCGAACGGCCAACGUCAUAUGUCAAGCAUAAACAAAGUAUGGACACCGAAGCCGUCAUGCCAAGGCAGUCGCUUGAUCGAGCUGCAAAGACGCGUCGCAAGAUCCUGGAUGCAAGGAAUCAAAUGGCGGAAAGGAAGAAGCAAGAGGAAAAGGAGCGUCAAGCAGAGGAGCGAAGACAAGCAGAAGAGCAAGAGGAGCGCGCGGCAGAGCAACAGAGGCUGGUUGAGGAAAAUCGACGGCAGAAGGAUGAAGAAAGAGCUCGCUCGUUGGCACAAGUGACUCAGGCCGAGAACGUGGACCUAUACGACACGAAUGAUUCUGGAGCUCAAUUACACUCUACCAGGCGGAGAUCCAAUACCUCUACCGUAUCGAAGCGCGAACGUAAAGCUCGCGAGAAGCCUCUUAUGCGUUCUCCUAAACGAGCAAACACGUUUGCUAACGAUGUGACUCCUAGUGCCCAUAGUUCCAUGUCGGACAAGAAGCCCGGUGGCAGUAGUAACGGAACUUCUAGAAGUAUGAGUAUGAAUGAACAGGCAAGGCCAGACUUCAACACGACGGUCACAUCGAUUGCUGAGGGUGGCUACGCAGAUAACAGUGUUAGAAUGCGGGAUGCCGGCAAUAGCAGAACGAUAGAGGCAUUCUACGCAGUCUUGGAAGCGCGAUGGAUCGGGGUUGAGAGGUGGAGGAAAAUGUUUGUGGCUGAGCCCGAGGAGAUGUCAGAGUCGGAGGACGGAGAUGGCCAUGGUGACUGGGAACGCCAAGAGGAAGAGAGGAAGGAUAGUGUGAGGAUGCGUGGUGGUGCUGGGGAGAAGACAGUGGAGUCGGGGUGUGAAAGUGGAGCUGGUACUGAGGAGGACGACGAGAGCGAUGCUGACGAAGUUGAACACUCUGGUAACGACCACUCAGAAAGCGAAUAUUUGGAAAAUGAGCGCUCUGAAAGCGAAGAUGACACUGAGGAACACGACUCCUCCGAGGAUAGGGUUUCAGAGGAUGAUGCACCGGAAGACGAGCAUUCGGAGUCUGAAGUCUCCAAUGAUGAAGCUUCCGAUGCUGGUACAUCGGACGAUGAAUCUGGAGAGAAAGGAUCGGAUUAUGGACAUGAGCAGGCGUUAUCGCAGACGCCGGUUUAA